AUGAAUUUACUUAGCUUAAAAUCGCUCCUGGCGGCCCAGAGGGAGCUUCAGAGCCGCCAUGUCUUCCGGGGUGCCAGUGUGAGCACCCUGCAGCGCCUGGUGGAGCAGCUCAAGCUCCAGGAAGCCUUGGAAAGAAUCAAGGUCUCCCAGGCUGCCAUAGAGCUUCAACAGUACCGCAUGCAGAACGCUUGCAAGGAUGCCCUGCUAAUCGGUGUUCCAACUGGAAGUUGGAACCCCUUCCAGGAGCCCAGAUCCUGUCCUUUACUCUGA